AUGCAGGAGUCUACGAGCCCACCAUCAUGGGCGCAGACGCUGCUGCAGCAAAUGGCACAGUCACAGGCCAUACAGAGCGAACAGAACGAGCGAAUCGACAUAGAACGCGCAGCGCAGGAAGAAUUAAUACGACGUUACGACCAAGAGCGCGUUGCCCAAGACGAACGAAUCCGUCGCCUAGAGACCAUAAUAGAGCAAUUAGCCCUACGGCCAACAACGACGACAGGGGAACCAACUCCGGCACGAACCACCGUUGGAUCGACCCCGGAACCCCCACGAUUAGAACCCGUAUACCGCCCGAAGGCACGACUGCCAGACCCGACCCCGUUUGGAGGAAACGCAGCCGACUGGCCAACGUGGCGUGUGACAAUAGAGAAUAAACUGCAUGUGGAUGGCGUAGCAAUUGGCUCGCCCCAAGAUCAGUUUAUGUACGUGUUCUCUAGGCUUGAGAAGCUCGCUUGGAAGAAUACCGGAACCUUUGUGAAACUGCGACGAAACGAUGGAGAUCCGCAGACGAUUCUGGAUUACCUUGAGGGUAUUUACGGAGACCCAAAUAUCAAAGCACGUGCUGCGAGACGUCUCCACCAGAUACGCCAGUCGGAUAGCAUGCCUUUUGCGAAAUUUCUACCUAGGUUAGAGAAGGAGUUUGCAGACGCAGGUGCCCUCGAAUGGCACGACGAAGCGAAGAGGCAGAUCCUAUUGGGAUCCCUGAAUAAAAGCAUGACGAAUUCGUUGAUGAAUCGUGGUAUUCCCGCUACGUUUUCGGACCUUAUUGCUCGGCUCCAUGAAAUCAGCACCGAUAUGGACGCCCUUAGCAUCAAUACCCCAGAAAGAUCGCACCGUGUAUACGCCCAGAAGCACCAGGACUCAAUGGAUUGGACUCCAACCACCACAGUCAACCAAGCCGAAUUCCGCACGAAACACCACCGAUCAGGGCCCGAGACGAGUAGGCAGGCGAAGUGGGUCGACCACGAAGAAGUAGAGAGGCGACGAGACGAAGGAAGAUGCCUUCGUUGCGGUAAGCUGGGCCACUUUAUCGCAAAGUGCCCCCUACCAGCCACACAACACCAAGGACCAAGAGAGAAGCAUCUCCGCAGGGUCCAAAGCAAGAAAGCCAGAUACACAAAUGAUCGUGGAUCAAAUGUGUCAUUUUCCGAGGACGAAGUCUCCUUAAGCGAGGAUUCGGGAAAAGAGUAA